AUGAAUGCAACGAAUAGACUUGAUUUACUUAUAUCGGAUAUUUUUAAAAAUCCAACAUCAGAUUUUUGUAAUGGUAUCAAUCAAGAAACAUCUAUUCAACCAUCAUCAUCAAGAUUGACAUUUUCUGAGCAUAGUUCUCAUCCUUCAACAAUAUUGCCAUCAGCUAUUACAACAAUUGUACCCUUACCACCACGUCGUGAUUCUUCAUCAAUGAAACAUCAUCGUCGACGUCCUCGUAUUGAUCAAACUGACAAACAAAAUAAACAAGAUCAACCACUUUUAAAUUCAUCAACAUUAGAUGAUUUAUUUCGUGCAUUAACACUUGAAUGUGAACAAUAUUUAGCUUCAAUAUCAUCCUAUCAAAAUAAAACAUAUGGUCAAAUUAUUGUUCAACCUUCAUCAGAUAAGCAAACAGCUGUUGAAUCCAAUGAUGAAGAUUAUGAAAAUCUACAUAAAUCACAGCCACUAUGUCAAACAAUAAAAACGAAUAUUUCUCCACUUAAAACAAGUAUUGAAGUUAUAAGUCCAAUAAAAAGACAUGUUGUGUCAAUAACUGUAUCAUCAAAGAUAUCUUCACCUCAAUUAAUAGUAUCGUCUACAAAAUCUCCUUCAUGUCAUUCUACAACAUCAAUGAUAACACCAACGAUUUGUCAUUCAAGUGAAGAUGAUUCGACUAAUAUAUCAUCAUCAAGUACAAAUCGUAAACGUCGUCGUCGUACACGUAAACAAAUAAUAUCAUCAUCAACAACUCGUUCAAGUUCAUCAUCAACAGAACGAAAAGAAUUACAUAAUAAUACUACUAAUAAUAAUAAAAAACCUGUAAUUUCAAAACGUUCAUGUAGUACAGAUCCUCGUUAUCAACGUCAUAAACAAUCUCAAGAUAAUAUUUUUAAUAAUAAUAAUUCAUAUUCAUCAUCUCAGAAACAAUUUACAAAGCCGUCACGUCGACGUGAUGUUUCAUUACAACAUUCAUCUUUAAAUUCAGGGCGUGUUUAUGAUAAUUAUUCAUCACCUUUAUCUGUUCUAUUAACAUCAACAAAACCUACAAGUGAUUUUCUUAAUAAUUCACAUCAACAUAAACAAAGACGUUCACGUCUUGAAUCUAUUGAUCCUAAACCAUUAACAUUAUUUUAUCAACCAUCAACGAUUCGUAAUAAUAAUAAUAACAAAAACAAGAACAACAUUCCUACACAUCGAAUACCGUCAUAUCCAGUUUAUUGA